AUGCUCGGCGGGCAGAUCAGAGAGCUCCGCAUUGCCCUGGGCAAUCUCCCUUCAAGGAUGGAGGUUUUGCACGUGUGUCAGCCCAAGGGUGCUUGGCUUUGCAGGUGCUCCGCAUGUGAACGGCAAGGCCGCCAAACCAGGAAUUCAUCAACUGCAAUAGCAUGCUGGAAGUGCGGAGCUGCAAAAGUGAAAUCAGGUCCGCCACCUCCACAGAAUCCAGAUCCUAAGACUGGCCUUUUGACUGUGGUCGCCGACGAGUUCAAAAGACUGGUGGUCACACGUGAUUGCUCAGUCUUCGUUGCCUGCGCAGCUGAUUCGUGUAUCCCCUCCACACAAAUCAAGCCAUUAAUGCACCAGCUCGCCCAGCUCACACAGAACCUUGGGAAUUCCAGUGAGGACCAGGUAGUUGUGGCAGUAAUGGACACAGAUGAGAACGAUACGAACGCGGACUAUUUCCCAGAACCUUACAUGCCAAACAUGAAGCUCUUCGUGAAAGGAAACAAGAAACGCCCGGUAAAGUUUGAGGGCGAGCUUACUCUUGAAGCAAUGUUGCAGUUUCUUCAGGAGCACACUCACAUCAAAGACUGCACCAAAGCUUUGUCUGAGUGGUAUGGGGCUUACAAGGAGAAGCAUGACAUUGAGAAGCACACCAGGAGGAUCGAGAAGGCAGUGGAGAUGUUUUAUUCGACAGCUGCCCCAAAUGGUCGAUGUAAGGAUGUCGCUUGCGAAGUGUACCAGACCGCAGCACGACUUUUACAGGCGGAUGUCUUGCUGGAGGAUGUGGAAGCCGGCGUCUCCUGCGACCCAAUGGUGCAGGAACAAGUGCAGGAGAUGAUGCACCUGAUCCACGCCACCUUGGAAGCGAGCCAGCCUGAGGCGCCGAUUCCGCUGAUCCUGGAGACUUUGAUCCAAAGCUCUGCACCAAAGCCAGACAGUCCUCUGGAGAUCAAGCAGGACAAAAUGGAUGGUCGUGCCAUUGCAAGACACUGGAAGUACAUGGAGGAAGCCGUCAUGACAGGCAAAGAGUUGCGACGCAAAGUGCGAGGAUUGCUAGAAGGUGGAUUCCCCAUUGAUGAUGGACCUUAUGGUUACUCUGCCUUUUGGCUAGCUGCUGCUUACGGGAAGUUGGAAGCUGCCCAACUUCUCUUCGAGUGGGGUGCCAACAUUCACCUCCGUGGCUCAAAAGAGAAACUGCUUCCCGUAGAAGUCGCUAGCUACAUGGGCCACAACGACGUAGUGAAGUGGCUGUUGUUGGAAACCGGAGCAUUUCCGGGUAAGGCACUUCAUUUUGCGGCCAAGAGUGGCAAUGUGGGCAUUAUUGAAUGGGCGCUGAAUACAAAGGCUCUUCACUCUUUCAUCAAUGCUCCUGCUUGUGGGUGGACGCCCCUGACAGUAGCCAUUGUCCACCACCGACCAGCUGUGAGCAGGUUACUUGCGUCUGCAUGUUCGCGAGAGGAACUUGAAAAGCCUCUCCCAGAGCGCGUGUGCGAGCUUUGUGGUGUAGCUUUGGGGUCAACAGUACUUCACUUGAUCGCGGCGCACGGUGGAUGCUAUGAACACCUUGUUGACUUGCUACUUCGCACCAGUCCAGACUUGAAAGAAAAGAGAGAUCAGCUGGAUCAGACUCCAUUUGAUGUGGCCAUUCCAAAACUGAAACCAAGGCUCAACGACGCCUUCCUUGGUUGCUUGACGUCAAUUCGGCAAAGUCUCCUGUCAACGCCUGGCCGCAUUCCGCUCAAGCAGCUGCAAAGACAUGUCGCUGCAAAGCCAUUCUCUGCGGAGACAACAGAUUUGGACUGGCAGGAGGUGGCCACAAUUUUGCACAGAUCAAACGAAGUUUGCAGUGACCCGGCAAGGGAGUUGAAGAAAGAUGCAGCCUUCCCUCAUCUCAAACACGUCGAGAAGGAACUCAUGAUCGACACUGGUGUGACAGCUUGGUUUCAAGACUGCAUGUCAGAAGGGGCACCAACUGCAGAAGGACUAGUUUCGCAAGCGCAGAAGGCUGAAACGACCAUCCGCAAAGUCCUUCAAGGCAACUUGGAGGAUGAGCUGGAGCCAGUAGAUGUACAGCAGGGAGGAAAGUUGGAGUUCAGCUUCAAGGGAAGCUCAAACAUCGCUCACCUUGGUUUUGCAUCCUUCUUGUUGCAUGACGAGUCCUUGUUGAGGAAAGUCAGUGCUGAAGAACUCGUGGCCACAAUGGACAUCCUCACAGUGGUGCUAGAUUUGGAGAAUUGUAGUGCAGUGAAGGAUAUGCUGACAAAGCUGCAGGACUGCGAAGGAAUUACUCUGUUGGCAGCACGAAACCACUUUUAUGUGCCAAAUCCGUUGGGCGUGAGGGAAGUGAUUUGUCUUCUUGAGGUCUCUUGCGGGGUUCCGGGCGAAACUCACAAGUGCAUUGCAACCUUGCGUUGCCGCUGCUUCACGAAGAAGGUGCUGUCCAGAGUGGAGUCUGCAAAGCUGGAGUUGCGAACGCGUUUGGAAAAUAUGACUAAGGGGCACUCUGAUGCACAAGAAUUCCUCUUGAAACAGCUCGGCGUUACUGUGGCCACUCCGGGGCAAGACCUCCUGAGAUCUUCCAAAGGAGAUUUGGAAGGCAAAGUGAGCAGCCUGCAUGACCGAGAUUCUGCUGGCUGGUCAGCAUUCUUGUUGGCUGCUCAGCUCAAUGACACAGCGGCCGUGGAGUGGAUGCUGGAGAAGGACAGCAGUAUUGCCUUGAGAAGGAACGAGGCGGGUCAGACAGCGAUGCUAUGGGCCACGUUUUGGAAAUCAACAGAGAUGCUGGAGAUUUUCAAGCGAUACUUCCCGCUGCAACUGACACAUGCAGACAUGGAAGGACUUGCCAGACUCAAAGAAGUGCAGGAGAGAGCGCGGCAGAAGGAUGACUUGGUGACAUUGUCGCUGCUACAGUCUGAUUCUUCAGACUUCGAAGUUGGCAAUGAGACCCUGACAGACCAGGCAAAUAAAGAACAGAACACUGGCACGAGCUUUGCUGGGCGCAUGGGAGAUGGCAUGACACCUUCAAUCAUUCGCGCAAAGGUGUUCGCUUCGCGUGACUUGGUGUUGGGCUUCUGCCUGGAGUUUUCAGGCAACCACAAGAAAGAAUAUGCGAGAGAUGUCCCAAGCACGCUGCACGGCCAUCCGCAAGGCCAGUGGAAGACCUUGUCUCUCAAGUCCCGGCAGAUCGUCAAGAUCCGAAGUUGGGACUCGUCCAAUCCUUGGGCUCUUUGUGCCCGGCUCGAGAUCACAGUGGCAUCCGGUGGAGUGCCAGAGGUCUUCAGUUUCCCAAACCAAGGCGGGCAAGACCCCGACUUCGUGUUUCCAGAGAUGGGCCAUUUGCAAGACAGCCAGGUUGUUGAUUUGCAUUUCGAUGGCAGAGGCAGUUGUAUAGAUGCAACCGUUGCACCGAGCCAAUUGACUCUCAAAGGCAGCAGUUUGUGUGCUUUCUCGAGUGAGACUAGCCUUGGGCAUGACAAGUGCGGUCUAGAGCAAUUCCUUUUGGACAUCUUGCUUCCACAUUGGGAAAACGAAUGGAAGAAGAUGUGGCCAAAGCCCGCGCAGAAAGAUUUGUUGGAAUGGAGUGACGGGAACUCAAUGAAGGGUUUGGUAGAAGCAGCCAAGUUCUUCGUGUUGAAGGCCAUUGCGGAAGGGGCCUCUGCCACUCCCCAGACCAUUUUUGCACUUCAUGUCCACACACUGAGUUCGCGAAUUCCACGAGAUUGCCAACAAGCGCUCUCCAGUAAUGAUCCCCGUUCCCAUCAAUUGUGGGCCCCCUACGCUCAUCACAUCUCUUCGGCUUUGAAGGCUUGCCCCUUGUAUUCGGGCUAUGUAUUCCGGACGGUGACUUUCCAGUGUGAUGGGGAGAACGCAUGUGUUGCCAAGUACCUCGAGGACUAUGGUAUUCAUGUGGGUUCGGAGAUCUUAUGGCCUGGCUUUCCAAGUGGGACCAGCAGUUCCCAAGUGGCGCGGAAUUUGCUGCUAGGCCAUGGCAUCGAAGGGAGGCCCCGAAACAUUGCAGGUAUCAUCUUCAAGAUCCUAGAAGCAAGGGCAGUCUCAGCAGCCCCGUUCUCGAAGUCUCCGGAAGAUGCUGAAGUCAUUUUCGCGGCAACAUCGAAGUUUCGAGUGAAAGGGUUCUACCAGCUGACGGAUUUCAUCCUGGAGGACGGUGCGUCCCCGAGUGCCUUGAAAGAAUGGAAGGUUUCCUUGGAUGUGAUCAAGCAGCCCCAGCUGGAACUAGAAGCUGCUGGUAAAGAGAGGGACCUGGUGGUGCUUUUGCAGCAGCUUCCACCCGAGGCCCCUCCUGUGAGCAGCUUCGUGGGCCGACUGCGAGUUCGGCCCACCCAGCAGCGGGGCCUUCGCCUUUCGACGCUGCAGGAGAUGUGCGACGAUUUGAUUGAGAUGCGGGUGGAUUCUGGCACACGAGGGAAGAGCUGCUGGAACAUGUAUGAGGUGGUUGAGCACAUCGUCAAGAAGAAAACAGAGAAGAAGCAAAUGAGCUAUGCAGAGCUUUUUGAAGAGAAUAAGAUUGACUACUUCGUGACACAUUAG